AACAUCAAGCAAUUAUCAAAGAGUUUGUUUUUAUUUGUAUUGUAACACAGUAUCAUGUGUAAAAAAUAAUAUAAAAAUGGUUCAAAUUAAAGAUGCUGCUCUUGCUUACAAAAUCUUGAAUGGAUUAAUUUGCGUUUAUAAGCCUGCCUGCGUAUCUGUACGUCAAGUGCAACAUAAAAUUUUAACUAACCUAUGUAGAGAUCUCAAUGAUUUGCCAGACAGGCCUCAGGAAAAAAGAGUCGAGAUAGUGGGAGCCACCAAUGCUCCUAUGAAAGUUAAGUUACUUCCAAACUUCGCUGACGAUCCCUUAGUCUGUGGACCCCGAUACAUACAGAAGGAUUUUCGGUGCAGCUGGGCGACACACUUAGGUCUCUUCAGUAGUGGAAUUUUAUUAUUAGGUAUCAAUGAUGGAACCAAGCUUACUUACCUUCUAAAUACAGCAAGACUAACAAGAGCUUUUAAAGUUCAUGGUCAGCUUGGAAAAGCAACAGAUACUUACUUUUGGAAUGGACGAACAAUGGAGAGAUCCACAUAUGGUCAUGUCUCUCGGGAAAAGAUCGAUAGGAUUGUUGCAAACAUGCAAGCAGCUCACCAGAAGACUAUGUAUGAGUUAUCUGGACUUCACAUAGACUCUCAGACUACAUAUGAGAUGGCGUCACAAGGACUGAUCAGACCAGCAAACAACAAAUUACCUGUUGUAUAUGGGAUUAAAUGUAUCCAUUUUGCUCCACCUAAUUUUACUUUGGAAGUGCAAUCUGUGAACGAAUAUGACAAAUAUCUUUGGACACUAAUUCAUGAUUUAGGAGUGCAAUUAAAGUCAACGGCUCAUUGUACUGGAGUACAGUGUAUCAGGCAUGGCAAAUUUGAUAUUCCAUUAGCACUUUUACGGAAGCAUUGGACUUUAGAACAUAUUUUGAACAACAUGGAUGAAUGUCGCCAACUACUUGAAGAAAAUGAAAAUUUAUUAAAACCAAAAUCAGCAACAUUAAGUGUUUAAAGUUGAAGACAUUAUAAAAAUAAAUAUUAAUUUAAGUAGGUAGAAGUAAAUAAUAUUCAAAUUUA